AUGAGUACGAUACAGAAUAUCAAGAAUUUCAUUCGGCACGGCAAACAGGCCCGCCUUGUCACCCCUCACUCCGAGCCCACCACCGAUGUUUCCACCAUCCAUGCCGAGCCGCAGCGCCAACCGCGCGGCCAAUAUUCUCCCGCCCUCGAAGCUUUUGGCCCGGAAGGCCGAGCCAAUGCAGUUCACAAGCCCGACUCUCAGGUGCGACAGGAUCGUUCCGUUGAAAUCGAACGUCUAGUCGCAGAAGAGAACAUGAAUCGGUCGAAAAUGCCCAAAUACCCCGGUCUAGAACGCUGGAUCUUGGUAGAGAAGAUGGGUGAUGGCGCUUUCAGUAAUGUCUAUCGUGCCAAGGAUUCGACAACGGAAUAUGGCGAGGUGGCCAUCAAGGUCGUCCGCAAAUUUGAAAUGAAUAGUAACCAGCGAGCAAAUAUUCUCAAGGAGGUUCAGAUUAUGCGCAAUCUUGACCACCCCAACAUUGUCAAAUUAAUCGAUUUCUCCGAGUCACGGCAAUACUACUAUAUCGUCCUCGAACUUUGCCCUGGAGGUGAAUUAUUCCACCAGAUUGUACGAUUGACAUAUUUCAGCGAAGACCUCAGUCGUCAUGUCAUCCGUCAAGUUGCGGAAGCGAUCGAGUAUCUACAUGAGACAUCGGGUGUUGUUCACCGUGAUAUUAAACCAGAAAAUCUCCUGUUCUAUCCAGCCCCCCACGUUCCGAGCAAGAAUCCCAAGCCUCAACAACCAGGGGACGAAGACAAGGCCGACGAGGGGGAAUUCGUCCCCGGGGUUGGCGCGGGUGGCAUUGGCAGGAUCAAGCUUGCAGACUUCGGGUUGUCCAAGGUGAUCUGGGAUAGCCAGACGAUGACCCCUUGCGGUACAGUCGGGUAUACAGCUCCAGAAAUCGUCAAGGAUGAGCGAUAUUCUAAGAGUGUGGACAUGUGGGCCAUGGGAUGUGUUCUUUAUACCCUUCUCUGCGGAUUCCCCCCCUUCUACGAUGAGAGUAUCCAAGUCCUCACCGAAAAGGUCGCGCGCGGCCAAUACACUUUCCUGUCUCCCUGGUGGGACGACAUUUCCAAGUCAGCUCAGGACCUGAUAUCGCAUCUUCUCACUGUGGACCCCGAGAAGCGGUUCACUAUCAAGGAAUUCCUCGCACAUCCUUGGAUCCGAGGUACCGAUGAGGAGACUACCGCCGCCGCAGACGCACCCCCUCUAGCAACACCUUACCUCCAAACCCCCGAAACGGGACCGCAACAACUCGACUCCUCCCGCGCCGAACACGGCCCCUACCAACCUGCCAGUGCCCGCUUCCUUGAUCAACCAUCUGUAACCGCAGAGCGCCGCAUGGACUUCCGAUCUCCCGGCGCUUUCAACCUUCGCGAAGUAUUCGACGUCGGCUAUGCAGUGCACCGACAAGAAGAGGAAGGAAAGCGUCGUGUGAACAUGCGCCAGUCCAACCGCAACGGCACAGCAGGGUUCCAGUCGGCCCUCGGUGCUCUCAACGAAGGCUAUGACGAUGAACCCGAAUACAGCCAGCGUCUUGGAGGCCAACCUCCAGCUAAAGUAGUCAAGAACCAAGGCGAAAUGGCCGGAAUGGAAGCCAAGCUCCGAUCCACCAACCUCGGUGCCCAAAGUAGUGCCGCACAGGCACGGCAACAACCCCACCAACCGAAGAAACAAGGCUACGGGAUGCACGACGCCAAUGUGGCCAGUGCUGCUAGGAAUUCGAUCCGCAAGCCCCAGCAGCCAUUUGAGCUUACUUUGAACGGUGCUACGCUUCUUGAGAAGCGUGGUCGUCGGAACCAACAGGUGGUAUAG